UGUGAUGAGAGUUGCCCAGGACACACACACACACACACACCGGUGCUGGCACGGUGCACUCAACACCUCUUAGUACACUCUUAUUACCUUCUCAAAUUUCGUCACAAUUAAUCCGAAUAAAUAUUUGAAAUAACUGGCGGUCCGUCAACUUCGUCACGAUGUCUAUCAUCAUAGACGAGGAGGAGUUUAAGGAGAAACUUAUUCGUAACAUGAAGAAGGAGGUCAAGCAAAUCAUGGAGGAAGCAGUCACGCGCAAGUUUGUUCAUGAGGAGAGCAGCACCAUAACGUCCCUGUGUGGCGCGGUAGAGGCGUGUCUUUCCCAUGGGUUGAAGCGGCGUACUCUGGGACUCUUCAAGACCUCCUCCACCACCGCUCUCAUACACAAGCUGGCCAAGUCCUUCCAACCCGCAGCCAAUGUCUCCAAGAUCGUCCAAGAGAUAGAGUCUUCAGAUGGGGGCAGACGCAGUAGUGGCAGUGGAGACUCCAGCUCCCGUUUAGGCAAACCCCCCUUGGUAAAGAAGAACUCAGGCUCCAGCACCACUUGCAGUACCAGUCCACCAAGGUACCUGUGGAUCCGCGUGGCCCUAUUUGAGAAGGUCUUGGCCAAGAUCAUCGACUACCUGGUGCAGAACAGCAACAAAUAUUACGAGAAGGAUUCACUGGUGGCAGACCCAGACUACGGCACCAUCCUUAGCUCUCUCUUGGUAAAUGUUUUGCUCGAUGAGGGUGAAAAGGAAGAACACCAAUAUAGUGUGUACACCUAUCACCAACUUAUACCUGGUCUUCAUGAUGCAACUCAAGGAGGGAAGUCUAAAUUUCGUAAGCCUGUGAGUGGCAGCAGUGAGGACGCUGGUGUGGUACCACAGCGGAAUGUACCAUUGAAUGCCCGGGACUAUGUGGAGAGUUUACAUCAAAAUAACAAAGCAACACUUCUUUAUGGCAAAAAUAAUGUCCACGUCCAGCCUAAGGAGCAGAUGGAGGCCAUGCCAGGGUAUAUGUCCCUCCACCAGACAACAGAGGGACUGGUCAUCAAGUGGACGCCUAAUCACCUGAUGAAUGGUUGUUGCCCUGAUACAACGGAAGAUAAAAGACCUUUCUAUAUGGAUUUGUGCUUUCAAAAAAGCAUCUACUGGGAGUAUGCACUUAAUGUGCGUGUGGAGGAAAUUGUCUACGUCCACUGCCAUCAGCAAGGUGACUCUGGGGGCACUAUUGUUUUAGUUGGGCAGGAUGGAACUCAGUACCCACCUAUCCACUUUCCCCGUGGUGGCCACCUUCUUGCCUUCCUCUCCUGUCUAGAAAAUGGACUUCUUCCACAUGGCCACCUAGACCCUCCUCUCUGGUCUCAACGUGGCAAAGGUAAAGUUUUUCCCAAGCUGAGGAGAAAAGCCCGGGCACUGGCCAACAGACAGCAUCAUGGGGGUGCAGACAAUGAGGAAGAUGAAGCCACAGAUUAUGUGUUCAGGAUCAUCACGGCUAUUAAACCUGAUCGUCUCUCCCACUUGGAGCUGAUGUCACCCCUGCUGCGUGGUGGUUCUGGUUGGCUGCCUCGUGUUCCCAAGCUCUCAUCACACUCGUCCUCCACCUCCUCAUCCAAGUCACUCAGUCUUGGAGACUCCAUGAGUGAGGUCAUGCCACCACCUCCAACUCCAAAUCCAAGUAUGGAUAUUCCACUACCGCCUGCUGAACAGGGCAGUGAGGGAGGAACCCGAAUGACCACAAAUGAAAAGAACAGUGACUCGCUUGAGCUUCUCUGUGCCACAAUGAAACACCAAAUCAUCUCCAGGGCAUUCUAUGGCUGGCUGGCCCACUGUCGACAUUUAAGAACUGUCCGAACCCACCUAGCUGGCCUUGUCUUGCCCUCUGCCUCUAUACCACCACACACACCCGCAUGGGAUGAAGGUGUAACUGAAGAGGCAUGGAAAGCUCUUCAUAACAAUGGCUGCCUCACAGACCAAGAGGAGCUCCUCACCCGGGUCUACCUUGGUGGUAUUGCAUCACAAAUCAGAAAAGAGGUGUGGCCAUAUCUUUUAGGUCACUACAACUUUGGAAGCUCACCAGAAGAGAGAGAUGAGCAAGAUCGCCGUAUUCGUCAAACAUAUGAAACCACAAUGUCUGAGUGGUUGGCUGUUGAAGCAAUUGUGCGACAACGUGAUAAGGAGAUAAUGGCUUUAAAUAUGGCCAAGCUGUCUUCAGAGUCACAGAAUGGAGAAAUACCACUAGUUGGGAGAGAUCGAUCUCUCAGCAAUGAGGUGUUUGAGCCAGACACAUUGAGUAUUGGGUCAGUGGAUAACCCCGGCACAGUGCAGGAGGAGGAUGAGGACCCUGUCUUGGACGACUUAGAACAAUCAGAUAUCACCAACGUAGAGACAGACACUGAAAUUUGUACAAAUAAGGAAAAUGUCAGCCAUGAGGAUACAACACUCACAGAAAUGAAGAACAAAGAAAAUUUGAUGACUGAUGAAACUGACAACAAUGAAAUUUAUUUAAAAGAAAAUAUGAGGCAAGAGAGCAAAGAGAGUGACACAGCAGAGGUGGCCAGUCCUACGUGUGUGGUAACACCUGAUGAAGGUGUAGAAGAAGGCAAUGAAGUUGACGAGGCGGAUAACACAGCAGAACACAUCCCCACUCCAAGUGAUGCAACAGCCUGUGUUAGUGCCUCGUUCACCGUGGAGACAUGUAAUACCCCCAUCACCACCCCAGUUAUAGUUAGCAAAGCCUCCCUAGACAGUGGCAGCCACUCUGACGUAGUGAAUGGUAUGGAGGAUGAAGGUGCUGCUGAUGAUGAGGUCAAAAGUAUUACAGAAAAUGGGAAUGGAGAUGCCAAUUUAGAAAAUGGGGAAAAUAAUGAUGAUAAAAAUAUGGAUACUUUGGCAGUUGAAGAAAAUCAAGAUGGCCACAGUUUAGAAUCUAGAUCAUCUUGCAUUUCCCCAGCAUCUUCACAAGGAGGAGUUUAUUCAAUGGAACUGCUAGAAACUUUUGGGCUGAAUUUGCAUCGCAUUGAUAAAGAUGUGCAAAGAUGUGAUAGAAACUACUGGUAUUUUAAUCCAGAUAACCUGGAGAAGCUGCGGAAUGUAAUGUGCACAUACGUGUGGGAGCACCUUGAUACUGGAUAUAUGCAAGGAAUGUGUGAUCUAGUUGCACCACUCCUGGUUAUUUUUGAUGAUGAGGCAGCCACAUACUCCUGCUUCUGCAACCUUAUGGGUCGUAUGUCUCACAACUUCCCAAAUGGUGGUGCAAUGGAUCAACACUUUGCUAAUAUGAGAUCACUGAUUCAAAUACUGGAUUCAGAAAUGUUUGAACUUAUGCACCAAAAUGGGGAUUAUACCCACUUCUAUUUUUGCUACCGCUGGUUCCUCCUCGAUUUUAAGAGAGAGUUAGUGUAUGACGAUGUAUUCAUGGUAUGGGAAGCAAUAUGGGCAGCUCGGAAUGUUUCCUCAGCUCAUUUUGUCCUGUUUAUUGCCCUGGCCUUAGUGGAAUAUUAUCGAGACAUCAUUCUUGAUAACAAUAUGGAUUUCACUGAUAUCAUAAAAUUCUUCAAUGAAAUGGCAGAGAGACAUGAUGCCAAAACUGUUCUUCACACAGCAAGGAAUCUAGUCCUACAGCUUCAGACAUUAAUUGAAAAUAAAUAGAAAGCCCGAGAUGAUGCAUGUGCCAAACUGACAAAGCUUUCUUAGUACAUAUAAGAGUAGUACUGAAGCUGCAAAUGAAGAGGGUAAGAAAUUUAUCACUGCUGUACUGUAUACACAAAUUCAACAAAAAUUAUACCUUAUGUCACCGAAAUUUGAGCAUAUUAAUCCAGCAACUACUGUUGAUUCAGUAUCAUGAGUAAGCAAGUAUGAGAGCCCAGAAUUCCUUAAUUAUUUAUUUAGAUACUGUAAUUAUAAGUAGACCUUAGUACUGGUAUGUUGUUUUUAUACAAAAUUUUCUAUAUCUGUUAAUUAAUUGGUGCCACAAUGGUUUUAAAAUGAAAAUACUGUAUACCUUUUUAAGCACAAACAAAACAAAACUAGUUGAGCAAACACACAUAAAUGCAUGUAACUAAUUUACACACUAACUAAUUAUGAACAUAACUGGUCGCCCAUCUUUGCUCCUACCAAUCAAUUCCUCUUUGCUUACUUACACCCAAUCCUGAGUUUAACCGAUCGUAACUAAUUGUUUCUGUUUAUAGACUGUCAUUAAUUUUAUUUACACAUUUCCUGUCCAUCUCUUCCAGUUCUUUUGGAAUACUGGUAUUUCUAUUAUUCACUGGAAUAUACAUGGCUUUUAUGCUAAUUUAUCUAAACUUUAGCUUUUAAUCUACAAGAUUUCUUUGUGUGUGUAAAUUACCCAAGUGUAGUUUCAGGAUGAGAGCUAUGCUUGUGGUGUCCCCGUCUUCCCAGCACUCUGCCAUAUAACAUUUUGAAGCUACUGACAGUUUUGGAAUCCACCACCUU